GCUGAGAGCAUCACCGAGAGCCUUCGGCGAACUCGCCAGCUCAUGGUUCAGGAGGUUGAACGUAGUACGAGCACUCUCAUGACUUUUGAGGAAUCAACAGGAGUAUUAAGGAAAGCCGAAAGUGAAUACAAGGGUCAUCGCUCAUUACUCUCACGGACUCGAAACCUUCUCUCCACAAUGAAGCGUCAGGAUGUUCUCGACCGAGUGAUAAUCGUUAUCGGAUUUCUUGUCUUCUCCAUGGCUGUGCUCUAUGUUGUUUCAAAGCGCAUUGGUAUACUCAAGUUGCAGCGAAAGAUAAUUGCUGCUGCAAAAGCUGGCAUGGCAGGUCGAGAAGAGAUUGUUGUACCUAUAGCCGGAGGGGGUGGUAUGAAUGUUGUUCCGGUUCACCAAGAUGUGGUUCCUGAGUUAAACAUACCUUUAGAACAACCACACAUGCACGAUGAACUUUGAAUACCUCGGUGAAGUUAGAUUUUGUGUUUAUAAA